UACUCAUUAGUCUCUUUCUGUCAAGAAAAGCUGCCCCUUCAUCCUCUUCAUACAAGUCCUGCAAACGUACAAUACAAACCUCAAGGAACACCAAUUAAGUCUUUGAAGUAGAAGAUGCCAAGGCAAGCUCAAAAUUCAAGAAUCAGUUUGACACUCAUUAAUCUCGUUCUUCUUUUAUGCAUCGUAGUCAAAGCACAAGCAGGGCAUCUUGCUGAUGAUGAAGUUAGAGCCCUUGGUGAAAUUGCUGAUCAAUUGGGAAAGAGAGGCUGGAAUUUCAAAGUGGACCCAUGCACUAGUAAUGACCAAAGCUGGACAACAGCACAAGUCAAUUCAAAUCAGCCAUUCUACUACAACAAUACUCUCAUCUGCGAUUGCAACCUUACUAACGAUGGUGUAUGCCACGUUGUUCAAAUAUUUCUUAGAGUGCAGGGUCUCGCUGGUAUACUUCCACCAGCUCUUGCAAAACUACACCACCUGAAGAUUAUUGAUCUCAAUGCUAACUACCUCAGUGGUAAUAUACCAGAAGAAUGGGCUUCUAUGCAGUUGGAAUAUCUGUCCAUCUCCACGAACAACUUAUCAGGACCAAUUCCAACCUACUUGGGAAACAUUACCACUCUUAAAAUAAUGAGCAUAGAGAGCAAUCAGUUUUCUGGAAUUGUCCCCCCUGAGCUUGGAAAUUUGGUUAACUUGGAGUACCUCAUUCUUAGUGCUAACAAUCUCACAGGAGAGUUGCCAGACACUCUCACUAAUCUAAACAAAUUAACAGAAUUUAGAAUUAGUAGUAACAACUUCACUGGAAGGAUACCUGACAUUUUUCGAACUUGGAAACAACUUCAGAAAUUGGAGAUCCAAGCUAGUGGUCUUGAGGGGCCCAUUCCUCCUAGCAUUUCUGCCUUGAGUAAUUUAAAUGAGCUACGAAUUAGUGAUUUAUUUGGAGAAGGUUCAAAAUUUCCGUCCUUGCAUGGCAUGACAAACAUGAGCAGAUUGUUGUUGAGGAGUUGUAAUAUCUAUGGACCAAUCCCUCCUAAUAUUUCAGAUUUGAAACAACUUCAGAUUUUAGAUCUCAGCUUCAACAAAUUGGAGGGAACUGUUCCAGAUCUAGGUGGUCUAGCAAGGUUGGAAUACAUGUUUUUGACAAGCAACUUGCUCAUUGGGAAUAUUCCAGAUUGGAUCAAGAGUAGUACCAAAAAUAUAGACAUUUCUUACAAUAAUUUUUCAAAGAGUUCUGCUCCUGCAUCACUUUGCCCAGAUACACUAAAUUUGUUCAAAAGCUUUUCUGGUAGAGACAACUUAGAACUUCAUGAGUGCUUGGAUGAAUCUCCAUGUUCACAAGAUUUGUAUUCAUUGCAUAUAAAUUGUGGUGGGAAAGAAACCACCGUUGGACGCAUAAAAUAUGAAGGGGAUGAAGACCCAGCUGGUCCAGCGAAAUAUUUUUAUGUGAAACCUAAUUGGGGAUUCAGUAACACUGGUCAUUUUUGGGAUAUUGACAAUACCCAAAAUGACUAUUUAGCAAAUAAUGUAUCCAUACUUACAAUGGGAAAUUCCCAACUAUACACAAGUGCACGACUAUCUCCUCUUUCAAUCACAUAUUAUGCCCGCUGCCUGGCGAAUGGAAAUUAUACCGUGAAACUUCACUUUGCAGAGAUAGUAUUCAGAAGCACUAUAUCUUCUUACAGUCUUGGGAGGCGGAUAUUUGAUGUGUAUAUCCAGGAAAAACUGGCAUUGAAAGAUUUUAAUAUUGAAAAUGAAGCACAAGGGCUUGAUAAAGCAGUCAUUAAGAAUUUUACAGCUGUUGUUACAAAUCAAGUUCUGAUGAUUCGGUUUCAUUGGGCUGGGAAAGGGACAACAGCUGCCCCAAAGAGAGGGAUCUAUGGUCCGCUUGUGUCAGCCAUCUCUGUGGAAUCUGAUCAUAGUCCCCCUGUUGAUGGCAAGAUUGUGGUUGGAGCUGUAGUUUCGGUGCUACUCCUCAUUUUUAUGAUUUUAGGCAUUCUUUGGUGGAAGGUCUGUAUGGGAGGGAGGAUAUCAAUGGAAAAAGAGUUAAGAGGAUUAGAUUUGCAAACUGGUUUUUUUACAUAUAAACAAAUAAAAGCUGCCACUAAUAACUUCAAUGCUGCAAAUAAGAUCGGGGAAGGUGGUUUUGGAUCAGUUUACAAGGGUAUACUAUUAGAUGGUACUACAAUUGCAGUUAAGCAACUUUCUUCAAAAUCAAAGCAAGGAAGUCGUGAAUUUGUGACUGAAAUAGGCAUGGUAUCUGGUUUACAACAUCCGAAUCUUGUUAGAUUGUUUGGAUGUUGUAUUGAAAGAGAACAAUUAUUGUUGGUGUAUGAGUAUAUGGAAAACAAUAGCCUUGCACAUGCCUUGUUUGUUUUAGGUCUUGCAGGUGGCCGAUUAAAAUUGGACUGGCCUGCAAGGCAGAAAAUAUGUGUUGGCAUAGCAAGAGGUCUGGCUUUCUUACAUGAGGAAUCUACAUUGAAAAUUGUUCAUAGAGACAUCAAAUCUACGAAUAUAUUACUUGAUGGUGACCUUAACCCUAAGAUCUCUGACUUUGGUUUGGCCAAGCUUUAUGAAGAGGAGAAUACCCACAUCAGCACUAGAAUUGCUGGAACCAUAGGCUAUAUGGCACCAGAAUAUGCAUUAUGGGGGUUUUUAACCUAUAAAGCAGAUGUUUACAGUUUUGGAGUUGUUGCAUUGGAAAUUAUUUCUGGGAAGAACAAUAUGAAAUAUAGACCUAACGAGAACUGUGUGUGUCUUCUAGAUUGGGCCAUGGUCUUACAACAAAAAGGGAAUUUGAUGGAGUUGGUGGAUCCAGAAUUGGGGUCUGAGUUCAGUAAAGAAGAGGCAAUUAUAAUGAUUAAAGUAGCUUUAUUAUGCAUUAAUCCAUCAGCGGCACUUAGGCCCACCAUGACUGCCGUAGUGAGCAUGCUUGAAGGACGAACAGUUGUUCCAGAAUUGACCAUGGAAGCAAGUAUUUAUGCUAAUGAUGUGAGGUUUGAAUCCUUUAGAGGCCAAUGUCAGACCCUACGAGCAAGCUCAAGUGAAAGUCAGAGCCUCCUUCAGUCAUCAAAUGCAAUAUGGAUUGGCUCUUCUUCUACAUCUGCCCAUGAUCUCUAUUCGAUUAAUCUCGACUCUCAGUAAUAUGAGAAUGCUACUUAUCUCCAGCUAUGGUUAAUGAUAAAAUUUAAAAGAACGAGCAGUGUGAUUUUAAUUUCA